UCUGUUGCACAUAGCUGCUGAUUGUGAAUGUCAGAAGAAUGUGAUAUAUGAAUUUAGUUAUUUUCCGCUUUUUGUUAAAGUAACGACGAUUUGUAAAGCGCGACGUAUAUUUCAGUACAUUCCAGUAUAUUUUCAUUAAAUUUCGUGUAUUUCCCUCCAACAAUCAAAUAUUAAAUUCAAUGUAUUUUACUGAAAACCAAGUGCUAGUGCAUAGGUAUCCGAAUUCGUUCACAACUUAUUUGCCUGCAUUCAUACAUAUGUAUGAUUCACUCGCCAUAGAACGAAACGAUUUCAAUAAAAAAAACAUGAAGGUUAAAAUUGACAAUGCAAAAGCGAAAAUUCCCACCAUUCGUACCUCGUCAAAUGCCAAAGAGGAAGUUAGUUUAGAUCCUCAUGAAAAUGCUUUAGUUUUAAAAUUGGAACGAAAACGUAGCAAAAAAUUAACUCGAAAUCGUCACUUCCAUGUAGUAGCAGACGAUGAUGAAGACGAUGAGCUUAAGGAAGAAGAAACCGAAAUGGAAGAUGUUCGGGAAGUGGAUUUUGAUGAAAAUACUUCGAGCCAAAAGUCGUUUGAUAUUUUGCCAGCUUUAUCAGCGUUGACAUCUACGACACCAACAACAACAACAGCCACCCGAAAUAAUCUUAUCGCAGCUUCAGAAUUCAUUAAAUUUAGUUACCACGAGAAAGAGAGUUUUCAAAAGCAAAAUGUUUUCCGCGAAAACCACUAGUUUUAAUUAUUAUACUAUUAUUUUUGAAACAAUUGUGGAUUUGGUUCUACUACAUAGGGUUUUCUACAAUAUACUAUAUUUAAUUAGUAUUUCAUCUUCAUAUUUGUGACGUUAGGUAUUUGAGUGAAAUGUUAAUAAGUAUCGACUGAUAACCAACCAUUAUUAAAUUGGUAGUACAAGUGGAGGCAUGUCAAGUUCAGGCUCGCAUAUACAUACAUAUGAAUACCUGUAUGUUAAGCGCUAUUGGGCGCAACGGCAACCAUGGCACGCUGUGAGCCGUAAAAGUUAGAAAGCAAUGCGUUGUUGGUAUUUGUUUUACUCUCGGCACAUGUUAAGUUGGAGCGAAUUCUUGGUAAUACAUAUGAGUCAUCAGGCAAGAAUCGCAGUGCAUCGCACCACUUUUGUUCAUUUGUUUAGUACUGCGUUUAUUAAUGUACAUAUGUAUGUACAUAUCAAAUCUACAGAUUUGAUUAAGGGAAAUAAAAUUGCUCAAAACUGGAAUGUUUUGAUAUUUAAUAUAAGUAUGUAUUUAGCCACUGUUAUAUAUUUGAUAAACUAGUCCCCAUUCAGGUCCUAGUGUAGUUGUAUAAUAUCACUUAAUUGAAUAAUCUUAAUUUCGGUAAGGCUUGAGACUACUUUUGCUCCAAAUAGUAAAGUUUAUCUACCUUAUUACCAAGGAAUUUAUUUUGAAUAGAGAAAUAAUUGAAAUUUUUGCACUAAAGAUCCACUAAAUGCCUGUUUUUGGCACAAAUACAUUGUACAAAAACACAUCGAAAAUUCACAGAAUAACCUUGUAAAAUAUACAAGUAAUUGCAACCAAGUUUAAGCACAUGAUUUAUUCAAAAAUCUGUAAAAUUGAGAUCAAGUAAGUAAAUGUUAAGUUUUAAUUAGUCAAAGUUGAAGAGUAACAUCAAAAUGUACGAAUACAGAUUUUCAUGUAUUAUUCUUGCAACAUAUUGCUGCAGAGCACAAUCGGUUUGUUCAUUUAACGGUAUUUUGUCAUAUAGUAUAUGGAGUUGAAAUCAGGGUGACUGUCUGUCUGUUAGUCCGUCGGUACAAGCUGUACCUUGAGUACAGGUCCGAGACGAUUUACCGCCCUAGUCAAAUAAUAUAUAAAUUUUAAAAAUUAUUCAGAUCAUUUUAUUAAAAAACACAAAAACACACAUU